GUGUUGAAGCAGUGCUUUCUCACUCUCUCUUGGUGUUGCAGCAGUGCUUUCUCACUCUCUCUUGGUGUUGCCUAACCCCUUUUCUCACUUUCUGUUGGUAUUGCAUUAACUUUGUCUUUUUUUGAAUUCUUUCCUAGGGGAGCAGAAAAUGGAAUCCAUAGAAAAAUGGAACAAAGACUUCAUUGCACUUAAACUGUUGGACGAAAAGUUACAUUUAAAGAGAAAUGGCACGACAGGUGUGAUUUCGAAGCAUCUUCACCAAACAUUUAAGAUCCACAAUUAUUUACAGUCGACCAUUACCCGCUCAGAAUGUGGCACAGGUUCCUGUCCAAACCUAAUCAUGAGUAGAAGCGAGCAGCCCAAAAAGAAGCCGGCGAUCAUGGCCUUAACUCCCCAGCUCCCUGUGCGAACCCACCGCCCUCUCUGCCUGUCCGUCUCUUCUGACAGCAAUGGAAGGUUCAGAGCUCUCGAAUCGCAAGACUGGAAGAACAACCUCAAAGCUCAGAUGGAGCAGGCACACAGUGCUGGGGCAGCUAGCAGCACCGGGUCUCUAGAAAGAGCAUCUCUCUUCUGUGCUUCUGGAUCAAAUACACCGAGCUACAGUUUAUCCAGUCCCGUCGAGCCUCUAACCAAGAGCAAGUCCUCCAGCCGCUUCUCCUUGUUCUCACCUCCCUGGAACAGCAGCUCUGAAUCGGACUCCAACCCACCAUCCCGGUCGGGUUCCAAGAAACUCCAUAAUUACAACAAAAGAGGGGGGAACAAAGCAGAGGACUCCCUGGACUCGAAGCAGAGCAUCCCAGAGCAUUUCCAAUUCUCAGAGCCGGUCAUUGCUAAAGUGACAGACUACAUCUACGUGGGGAAUCUCAACGCUGCCUACAGCGGGCGGAUCCUUUGCAGAAACAGCAUUGACAGUGUUAUCGACAUGAGCAGCUUUGCUGGUGAACACAAGGUGGGCCUCAUCCCCUGUACCUGCUCCCGGGGCACCAAGCACAGCUGGUCCCGCCUCAAGGUUGACAUCAGCGGCCUUUCCGACGAGGAGAGUGUGGCCGUGAAGCAGCGCAGCUUCGAGGACAUCAAUGAGUGUAUUGACGCUUCCACAGAGAAGCGAAAGCGUGUUUUGAUCCACUGCAGGGAUGGGUAUUCGUUGGCUCCCACUUGCAUUAUCCAGUAUUUGAUGGUAAAGCAGAACAUGAGGCUGAUUGCUGCCUAUGAGCUUGUGAGAGCCAAGUACCCAGUUAACAUUCAGGCGUGUCAUCAGAAUCUUCUGGUGAAUUUGGAGAAAUCGCUGAGACCUGGUGGGAACGUGGAUCCAGAGUGCUUCAAACAGGCCAUAUCCCGCAAGAUGGCGUGGACCUAACCUUACUUUGCUCAGUCUGUGGUUAUAGGGACUAAGAAAUUGAGUUCUCAUUUCAGCAAAAGGGACUGCAGGGUAAUUGAGCUAUAAAUGGCUGUAGACUGGCCAAAUCAAUUGAUGGGCUCUGUCUUGCAGGCCAUCAUUACAAUUUUUAGAUUUGAAGGACCCCUUUUGUAGUUUUUAUGGAACCUGGUUUUUAUCAUAAUUUGGACUGGGGACACUAAUAAUGGACACAGAGUACAGACAGUUUUACUUUUGGAACUGUCCAAUUUUUACUGUGUUAUCAGAUGUAUGACUGCUGAAUUUAUUAGCUGUAGGGCAGAAUAAUAGGCCAUCAGCAUGAUUUGUUGUUUAUUGUUAUUAUUAUUAUUAGUAGUAGUAGUUUUAUUGUACCUAGGGGGAUACUGCUGUUUUUGUAAAGCUCAGGUAACAAGGAUGAAUCCAAUGCCUGUCGCUUUAGGGAGAUAGAGGCAAUGAAGUGGUUCACUCCAUACUGCCCAGAAUCACACGGCCAGGGCAGCAGUGCUAGAUCAAAGCUUACAAUAGUAAGGAAAUCAUUUUAAAAUGCAUUUGGUGCAAAGGCAUUGACAGUUAACACCAGAUUGGCAGCUACUGUGAAACAAGUGGCAACUUGUACCUAGGCAGGCAUGUUUACUGCAAGUGCGCCCAGGCAUCCCCGAAUGAAAGAUCUAUUUAUAUACACCCUCAAUGAGGGUUCAUUUGGUGGACGCUGCAAAGUUGUUUUUAUACACAAUUAACAAGAUCCUCUGCGCUUUUAUUGGCUGGACACUAGAUGAUUCCACCCUGGUCCAGAUGUUGUAUUUGUUUUGUGAGUAUCUUUUGUUCGUUUGACUUGAGUGUCCUGACCCACUGAGAUAAUGUUAGGAGCCUCAAAAUACAUUGGAAUUUAUGAAUAUUGCAUUGAACUAAUACCAGCAUUACUUUCUAAGAUGCAUUUUACGAAAUAGUGAGAGUAACUAUUUCCGUACAAAGAAACCUAUGUAGAGUACAUCCAGUGCAGUAAUCGACCAGUUUGUUUAUUUUUUUAUUUUUUAUUUUUUUUAUAGUACCUUUUUUGUGUCUGUUUGUGUUGAUACACACACUGCUGGUAAUAUUUCGUGGAAUAUCCUGGGUCUCUUCCCGUUGUGGCUUGUGAAAACUGAGUAUAUUUUUAACUGGUUAAUAAAUAAAAUAAACUAGUCUUGGUGGUGUAACUACUGUAUAAUACAAUGGCCUGUGCAGUGGCAGUAUUUGUGUUUUUAAUGCAAAAUGUGGUGACCAAUGAAUGAUAUUGCUUUAAUACCAUCAAAAUGAAAAUAUGUAAUUAAUAUAUAUAUAUAUAUAUAUAUAUAUAUAUAUAUAUAUAUAUAUAUAUAUCUCCUGUACUUAUUGCUGCAAUAGCGGUUUGCACCUUUUGAAUAGGAGACGGGGGCAUAGUUGGUAUUUUCUAACUUAAUGUACAGAAUUUUUUUUGUUGGACAGUUUGUCAGUCAUCCUAUUCUGGUUAUAUGAACCUUUGCACUCGGGUGACUUUUUUUUUUGUACGUCCUGUGUUUUUGGUAUUAACAUUUGGAGAUUGAAAUUAAGUUUACAGAUUCUAUUAUGCAUUUUCAUGUUCAUGCCAUGUGUAUUGUACAUAAUGUGAUUAAACGUACAGUGUUGAA